AUGUGUCGGCUGUCCAUGUGUUUUAUGUUCUGUAUUGUACACAUACCGGGCUAAUCCUUAUUGAUAUGUUUUCAUGACGAUGCAGCUGAAUGGUCAGGCUCUGUGCCCUUUCCCAGCGCUCCUCCCUUCCCAGUGAGGGCGGUGCAGGGGGUGGUAACUGGUUCCACUUGGCUGUCCGUUGGUAUCAGUGAGUGUGUUAAAGAGCCGUGCGGGUGGUUGGAUCGGAUCCCGGAGUCAUUCCACUGCUAGAUUCCAUCGUGACACCGGAAGGUGGGGGACACCUGCAUUGACAGCUGCUGGAGGAACAGAGCUGCAUCUACUGCUAGGCAGGAUGGUGACCAGGGUGUACACAGCAUCUUCAUCCUGCUCCACCACGAUGAAGAAGCAACAGCAGGAAGUAGUGCAGUAUUUGGAAUGCCACAAUAUCGAUUUUGAAGUAGUGGAUAUUACCAUGUCAGAAGAAAAGCGGCAACGGAUGUACAAAAAUAUCCCAAAGAGUAAAUGGCCUGAGCAUGGCAAUCCUUUACCACCACAGAUCUAUUAUGAUGAUACCUACUGUGGGGAUUAUAAUGACUUUUUUGAAGCCAAGGAAAGUAAUACAGUAUCUUCCUUCCUACGGAUAAAGUCAAAAUCUGCAUCAAGGAAAGAAGAAAUGUAGAUUAUUAUAUAUAUUUUUUUUUUAAUGUGAUCUAGUGAUCAAGCACAACAUCAGAGCAACAUCAUCUUGUCAUGUACUGGAGGAAGUCAUGAAUAUUCUUCAUAACAAUGAAGAAUUUGUUUCUGAAGUUACAAGGACUGCACUUCUAAUGGAUAUAUUGUGUGACUGGAUGAAGGAGAUAUCGAAAGGGCCAUUAUUUUAAUUUUAAGUGAUUUGCAUAGACUAGCCCUCUUUUCAGGAAGAUCACCUGCCAUUCAACUUGCUGCCAAUCUGUGUCCUUUUUUUGCCUAAAGGAUUUUCAUUUUCUUUAUCCUUUAGGUCAGUAUGAAGUAUUCCCUUUCCUGAGAUGUAUGCAAAUUUAACUAACAUACGUUAAAUAUAUGCACUAAUGGAUUCCAAUAAAUCAUUUAAAUGGUAACUUAAAUAAUUAAACACCCAUGCAAUGAGUAUCUUUUAUGCUAAAAGUUUAUAAAAUUAAACCUGUACCUUUUUUAAGAAGCAGAGUAUAUUCAGCUGUCUGGUGCGGCAUUUGCAUUCUCCUGUAUUUCUGCAUUAGCUAGAUGGGGCGGGUGUAUAUUCCGUGAGAGGAAUCAUUGAACGCUGAAUUAAAGUAAAUAAUAACCUGUCUAAUUUAGUCCCUGUUCCCUCAUUCUCUUAUUAAAAUAUAUUGUCUGCUCUAUCAGUCUACAUACAUACCUCAAAAUUUUGAGCUGUGGGUGGCCCUGUUGACACCAGCAGGCUUUGACAAAACUCGACUGAUAAAUCAAAGAAACCGGGUGAAAAAUUGUUGACUGAACAGUGACUGCAUCCCAUCAGAUGCAGUCACUGUUCAGAUAUUCAAGAAGCUGCAAGCACCACAGCUGGUUAAAUACAAUAGCCGGCAGCGUAGAUUUCUCCAGCCGUACUUUUUAGCGUGUAUAGGGGAAUCUCUUGAUUCCUAGCUUAAGAUAGGGGUUCUAGGGUAUGCAAAGGCUGCACCUUCCCUGUAGAGGCUGGGCAAUUAAAGGGAACAUUUGCUGCUUCUUAAAUUUACUUGCAUAUGCUAUGUACCUGCAUUGCAAAUGCAGGAUUUUUUUUUGUUGUUCUAAUACUUUAAUUGCGGGACUAUGUAGAGAGAGAAUUGUAAAGGCCAGCCAAAGUCCCAAAUAGUUAUGCAAAGAGACUUUGUACCAAGAACCUGAAUUUCCAGUUUUACCUCCACAGUUGUGCAAGGUGUCUAAAUAGGACUGGGCAGUCCUAUCGGUUCCAGAGUUAGACCAAGUACUGCCAGUAAUUGGCUAGAAGUAACCAAACUGGUAAGAUCCUCACUUCUCUUGCAAAACGAGUCUGUGUGGGGACACUUGUGAUAAAGGGUGUGGCUCUGGAGGAGGAGCAGCAGGAAGCGCAAGUAAAAAUCAGUCACAGAUAAAAAAAAAAUGUGAAGGUUCAGGACUAUAAAGUGAGGAAAUGCUAUGAGACAUUAAUUAUGCCUCAUUAAUUAAUGAAUAAAAAAGCACCCAAGAGGUGCUAGGACUCUGAUGUGAGUUCAUACAAAUUAGUGAGAGGAAAAAGAAAGGAUGGCUUGUCGGCACAAGUUUGCGAUCAUUGGAAGACGGGCAGGCGGAGUUCCCAGCACACCUAGAAAACUGACCACGCAAACCAAUACAUUUAUUUAGCCUGGUACUCCUUCAACUGGUGCAUGUUUUUAUAUUAGUUGUGCUAUUUUUGUUUUUGGAUUCCUGGUUGAGGUUUUCUAAGGUGCAUACUUUGGCCUUUAAACUGAAAUAAAUCUGUACAGUGGGUACUAUGCAAACCAUUGUAGCUUAUACCCAGCUUAAAACUGAACUCUCAACAAAUACAGUAAGUCCCCUACAUACAAACGUUCUACUUACAAACGUUCACAGAUCCAAACAUAUCCAAUCCUGUAAAGCUGGGUACACACACACUCAGUUUUUUUCAGUUCAACCCAGCGGGCUGAACAAAAAAAAACAAAAAACAGACAGAUCGCCCCUACCAACACAAGUAAUGUUGGUGCAGCGAUCUUGCCAGAACACACUGAUCAGUGAUCGCAGCAUUUGUCUGCAAGCGCUGAUCUUUAUUGGACCUAAAAACAAGUUGAACUUGCAAACGAGCUCCUAGAACGAAACAUGUUCGUAAGUAGGGGACUUGCUGUAUUCAUAUUAGUCAAAGCACCCCCCCCCCCCCCCUGCCUUGUGCUAUGAUGUCACACGUGAUCUUUUUUAACAAAUAUUUCAUGGUAUAAAAUAUUAUUGGACAGUCAUAAAGCCAGUGGUGGCUAAAAAUUGGCCCUGUUUUUAUGCUUUGAUAAAGGUUUUUCUAGUGAGCCCUUAAAAUAUACUCUGUUUAAAUGCAAGCACUUGAGUUUAGGAAUUCUACACACUGGACCACAAUUGUUCAGCUUGUGCAUUAUAAUUUCCUCCAUAUAUUUUUAUUAUAAAAAAUGUACAUGUGCACUUGUUAAACAAUAAUAAAUAACAGUAUAACAUAUGUUUGCACAAGCAAAUAAUCCUGCACUUCCCCUGCAUUAUGCUGCAUCAAUAUUGAAUGGUAGAAUUAUUUGCUAGAUAUCAUCAUGAUUUGUGAAUAGAACUUUUCUCAUUUGCUAACAUUCACCCUUAACCAGGAUUGCACUUCACUAGCUCACCUUGUAACCUUAGUCAUUGUAGGGGAACAAAAAGACAUACCAUUACAAUUUAUAGCAUGCGUCUAUAACUUUGCACCGCAAUAGAGGUAGAAUCAGUUUCUUUAUCUAGAAAUGUUUUGUUCAUCAAAAUGAUUUUUUUUAUAUUAAUGGCCAAGUUCAGGGUAGGCUUUACCUAUUGAUAGUGUCUUAAGUAAAGUUUUUUUUUUUUCUCUAACUUAACUAAUUAUAUAUUUUUAUUUUUAUAUAUACUAAUAUUUUAUGUAACCCACCCCCUUAAAUUCUUAAACGGAAAAGAGUGUUCUUGGGUGUGUUUAAAAAAGAAAAAAAAUUCCAUACUGAUCCAGAUUUUGCUGCAGUCUUUAGGAAUUGAUUAAAACGCAACUGAACGUUCAGAUUAUUUUAACUUGAUACAUUCCAGGUGCAUUCAAACAAAAAGCAUGUAAAGUCUUUUCAGUUUGACUUCUUAAACAGCCAGCUAGAGAAAAGGAACCUUGCUCUCUGUGUAAAAGCAGUGGUCUUUCUGCAGAGGUCCGACACUCCCUGCUCAAUCAGAGUUUUGCAUUUAAUAGGGAGCAUGAGCUUUGCUGAUUGCAUAGCUGUAAGUCUCAUUCAGCAGGAUGCAUGUCAGACCUCUGCAGAGAGAUUGCUGCUCCCACACAGCGCAAGGGUCCUCCUCUACAGCAUGCUGGCAAGACUUUUGUAAUGACUGUUUUCUAAAGAAAGAAAACUGUAAGACUUUGCAAACCCCUUUGUCCUAAUGCACUUAUUUUGAUGGCUGUUAUCAGGCUUAUGUUCCCUGUAUAACCAUUAGCAGUUUACACGUAUAUAUGACUGGAUAGGCAUGCAGAGGAUAUGAUAUUUUGGAAACAGGCCAUCGGACUUUUACACAAACUCUCUUCUUCAUCUGACAUGCUUAUCCACUAUCCAGUUCAUAUGAUGGUGGUGGUCUGUGUUUGUCACUCUAGGUGUGCAGGUUUACUGCUACUAAAUCAGAAGAUAACAGUAAAAGGUUUAUCACAUUAAAGUGUUUGUUAAACCCCCCCCCCCCCCCAAACAAAAAUAUGCAGAUAUUGGUUCCUUAAAGAAGAUUACACAGCAUAGUGCUUGUGCUGUGUAAUCUUCCCCCCUCUAAACUGUAAAAAAAUCCCUAAACUUGCCACUUCCUGUAUAGCAUCUCUAAAAAGACCACGAAAAUCAGGGAUGCUCUGCCUUGAUCACUGUGGUCAAAGUGCCUCCCUCCGUGAUGGGCUGCCCUGCCCUGCUCUCAUUUCUCCCCCCCUCCUUCCUGCCAUCCCCCUAUGUGUCUGUCUCCGGCUGGCCCCACCCACUGCCAACCUCUCUCUAUUAGAGGCUGGCAUAGCACACUGUGUCAUUAGGUUUAAAAAAAGAAGCAGUGUAAAUACCUAAUUUGAGCUGUCUUCAGGCUGGUCACAUGACUCGUGGCCGCUUUACAGCUACGAUACAUGGCUUCUGCGGAGGAGACAAGUGGCCACAUGAUCUCCCUGUCUGACAUCAGAGGGAGAUCAUGGCCCCUCCCACAGGAGCAAUUUAUCAGAGCCGUAAAGCGGCCGUGAGUGAAGUGACCGGCCUGAAGAUGGCUCAAAUCGGGUAUUUACGGGUAUUUACUCUACUGACCUAGAGGGGCUGGCAUAGUUUUAUAUGGAUGGGUUAACAAACCCUUUAAAGCACAUUUUUCACGUGCCAUCUCAUUCUACAGUGAUACUGUCAUAUUAUUGUGCGUAAUCAAUUUGAAUGCAGCAACUUUUUUGUGUGAAUCUUUAUUUGGUAACCAUCGUGUCAAAAAUACGGAAGGCAGUGCAAGAGCUUUAGACAUCCUCUGAUCCCUCAGCACAGUGCAGUUUAGGAGCAGAGGACUGUCUACCAAUAAAAACAAAUCUCUAUGGGAAGAAACUAUGUGUAGAAAUUCUAGACAUUUUGGCAAAGCCCCUUUAAAUAAUUUCUGCAGUCUUGCUCCUGAUGAUAUAUUGCAAAUGUUACUUGUGUGUAAAUUAUUUUUCAAUAAACAUUUUCUGAUUCAUUCAGCAAAA